AUGGCUAUGGCCAGCACCUUCAUACCAGGGGUGAACCCUCAGAACCCUCAUUAUAUCCCAGGGUACACCGGACACUGCCCACUACUUCGCUUCAGCAUGGGUCAGACCUAUGGGCAGAUGACCGGUCAGCUGCUUCGAGGGUUUCCUGGCCUAGCCUGGCCCCCCACCCAUCGCACACUUCUGCCUCCCAUCCGGCCUCCAGCAUCUCCUGAGGUUCCCAGGGGAAGCCUGCCUGUCAGGCGGGGGCAUGAAAGGCUCAGCUCCAGCAUGAUUCCUGGGUACACAGGUUUUGUACCCCAGGCACAGUUCAUCUUUGCCAAGAACUGCAGCCGGGUCUGGGCUGAGGCUCUGAGUGAUUUCACUCAGUGGUCUGAGGGACAAGGGGGUCAAGAGCUGCCAAAGGAGGCCAAGGGUAAAAAAGAUGUGGAGAAAGACCAAGAGCCAAAGCCGGAGCCAGAGCUGGGGCAAGAGGCAGAACAAGCUUCCCCCUAUUCCAUGGAUGACAGAGAUCCUCGCAAGUUCUUCAUGCCAGGCUUCACUGGUUACGUGCCCCGUGCCCGCUUCCUCUUUGGCUCCAGCUUUCCUGUGCUCACCAACCGGGCACUGCAGGAAUUUGGACAGAUGUACUCAGGGAGCAGACCCCAGAAGGAUCCCAAACAUCUCCCUCCACUUUCUAGGACCUACCCUCAGAACCUGGGCCUUUUACCUAAUUAUAGGUGAGGAUACCAUACAGGGUAUAAGUUCCAGUUCGGGCACACAUAUAGGCAUCUCACCCAUGAUGCACUGGGCCUCACCACCCUCCAGAAGCAGCUCCUGGUGUAG